GAGAUCUGACCUCUGCUCCUAUUCGGAGAUUAGGCGCUGAUCCCGACACUGAUCUCGGUUUCACAAUCCAAUUUGUAUACUUGCUCAGAAGAAAGGUUUCAAGAUUUGGACUUGCUAGAGCGAAUGAGAUCGUCCCUGUUCUGUCAAUAUAGCCCAGAGACGAGUCUGCUCCUCUUGAAACAGAAGAGGCGAAAGAGGAGACAUUUAGCAAGUGCUUAAAGCUGGUGAAGCUCUGGACUUAAAAGUCUAGAUUCAGCUUGGAAGGAAAACCCCAUCCCAGCACCUCCUGGUAUGUGUGGAAGCCAAUAGUCUCAAUUGUAUGAGCAGGACACCAAGUGGUGGGGGAACUCAGUGGGUCAGGCAACAUAUGUGGAGGUGGUGGGCAGCCGUGACCCUCCUUUAGGCUGUUUCUGUUUUAUUGCUGUCGUCCACAGCUGCUUUGUGGAUAUCCUCGCCCGGUACUGGACUAGCCCGAGAUGCGCUGGUCCCAUUGAAUGGAGAGAAGGGACCGUGUUGCCUGUUGAUGCGGGUUAUUGAUAUUAAUGCAGCGUUACUGACGUGCAGUGCUGAACGUGGGCCGGCAGCUUCCCACUGACGCUGUGUGCCCGAGAGAUGGAGCAGUUCCCGCGUUUGACGGCAGCCUGGAUCUGAACGCCCUCGGCCCCGCCGCGGAGAAGCGCUUCCUACGGCAGCGGCGGCCACAUAUGUGGCUGGAUUAAAUAACAACCUCCACCCCACCCCACCCCCCUCCCUCCGAUCUCCUCCUCCAUUCUCCAGGCCAGGAACACACACACACACACGGAUGGGAUUUGCAAAGGCGACGCCAGCUUGAAGCCGCAGCCGCGAGGAUGGCAGAGAGCCCGCAGGAGCCCGGGCUCAACACGGGGAACGAAGCGGAGAGCAGGGAACAAGGCGACAAGGCGGAGAGAGCCAACCUCAACCUGCUGGAGACGUGCGCCGUCUGCAAGGAGAAUUUCCAAAGUCGGGAUCCCAAACUGCUGCCAUGUUUGCACUCCUUCUGCAAGAAGUGUCUGCCCGAACCUCAGAGGCACUUAGUGCUGCAGGGCGCCGGCAGCCUGGCCGACUCCUCACUCCUACAGCAACAGAUUGGCGUGAUCCGAUGCCCGGUCUGUCAUCAGGAAUGCCGACAGCCAGAUAUUAUAGACAAUUACUUUGUAAAGGACACGGCAGAAGUGCCGAGUAGCACAGAUGAGAACUUCAACCAGGUCUGCACGAGCUGUGAAGACAAUGCCGAGGCCAAUGGCUUCUGUGUCGAGUGCCUCGAGUGGCUUUGCAAAACCUGCAUCGAGGCUCACCAGCGGGUCAAGUUUACAAAGGAUCACACCGUGAGGCAGAAGGAGGACGUGUCUCCAGAGGCGGUCAGUGUGUCCAAUCAGCGAAUGCUCUUUUGCCCGGUUCACCGGCAGGAGCAGCUAAAGCUCUUCUGUGAGACCUGCGAUCGGCUGACGUGUCGGGACUGCCAGCUGCUGGAACACAAGGAGCACAGGUACCAGUUUCUAGAAGAAGCCUUUAACAACCAGAAGGUCAUCAUCGAUACACUGACCGCCAAACUGCAGGAGAAGAGGAACUAUAUCCAGUACACGGCCACUCAGAUCCAGAACAGGAUUAAUGAAGUAAAUGAAAACUGUAAGAAAGUUGAGCAGGACAUUAAAGUUGCCGUCUUCACCUUAAUGAUCGAGAUUAACAAGAAAGGGAAAGCCUUGUUGCAGCAGCUGGAGAGUGUAACCAAAGACCGUCAAGCAAAACUCCUCCAACAGCAACUUGAGAUCUCUGGACUCUCGAAACAAGUGGAGCACGUCAUGAACUUUGCCAAGUGGGCCAUCUCCAACAGAAGCAGCAUCGCACUGCUGUACAGUAAACGGCUGAUCACGUUUCAGCUGAGGUACAUUCUCCGCGCACGCUGUGAUGCCACCCCGGUGGCCACCAGCUCAGUCCGAUUUCACUGUGACCCCACCUUCUGGGCUAAGAACGUUCUCAACUUGGGUUCCCUUGUUUUGGACAAGAACCUACUUCCGUCCAGCAGUGUUCCCAAUGUGGUGACAGGGCCGGGCCUGCAGCCCCAGGACAACACGGGUAAGGUCCAAGGGCAGAUUAACCUGGCCCAGCUGCGCCUGCAGCACAUGCAGCAACAAGCCAUGGCUCAGCGGAUUCAGCAGCGCAUGCAACAGAUGCGGCCCAUCCUGCCGGGUGCCCAACAGCUCAGACCUCAAGGCCCAGCCCUGGCUCAGCAACAACCACCUCUGUCUCCUAGCAACCAGUCCCUUCAGCCACCUCGCCUCAUCAGCCUGCAGAACCUGCAGCGGGGCAAUCAAAGCGCAGCUCCCCCUCCAGUGCAGCUGAACCGAAUGCCGCUCAGUAACGCAACCAGGAUGGCCGGUCCCCAGCAGCAGAGCGGACCACAGCAGCAUGUGAGCACCAGCCCGCUGAUGAGACAGCAUCUUGGGAACUCAAGAACCCUCCCAGUAGCCAGCACUGCAAGCCCCUCUUACUCCUCCAUGGCCUUUGUGACUGCAACUGGUGGAUUUGCCUCCAAUAACCCGCUCAUGAUGGUCGAGCUGCUCCCAUCAGUUACCAGCCCCGAGCAUCUAUCCCGUCUUCCUGACAUUCCACAGAUACAGCUGGACGAUGCAGGGACAGUAUUGCUGGAAAGUUUGCUGGUCAGAGAAAAGAACGGCAACUGCUCACCGGCAAGGCCAUCAGCAACCAGCACAAACCCUUCUCCCGCUCCUUCGGCACCAUCGCCCGGACACAUGGUGAUGGUCACCAGUGUGCAUGGAUAUGGACACACUUCCAGCAGCUCCAAUACUGGCAGCAGAGGGAGCUGCACCACAUCGGGCAGGCUAUCGAGGCCUGAGCCACAGCAGAUGCCACCGGUCAUUCGCCUUGAAUCAAUCAAAGUGAAGCAGGAGCCGGCGUCGGAGGUGAACCUGUGCGAUUUCCCCAUCAUUGUGGUGAAGCAAGAGCCUGUAGAAGAGACCACGGAUCCCAGCCUGCUGGCGACCCAGCAGAACAGCGCAGCGACUUACCGCCCCCACAAGUUGGUGAUGGAGGGGCGGGUGGGCAUUCAGCAAGACGGCACCAUCAGAGGGGACCCUCCGGACAGCACAGCGCCUCCCUUGCCCAAUACCGCCGCCCCCAAUGAUAGGCAGUCCCAGGCCUCCGGCACCUCACACAAGCCGCUCCGGGCAGGAGGUGACAACAGUAAAGAGGACGAUCCAAAUGAAGACUGGUGUGCCGUCUGUCAGAACGGAGGCGACCUACUCUGCUGCGAGAAGUGCCCCAAAGUCUUUCAUCUUGUCUGCCACGUGCCCACUCUCCUCACUUUUCCAAGCGGCGAGUGGAUCUGUACGUUCUGCCGUGACCUGGUGAACCCCGGGGUGACGUACGACUGCGACGAGCAGUGGCAAGUGGGCGAGAAGCGGAAAGUAGCGGGGGCUCCGGAGAUGCCCCCAGUUGAUCAAAGGAAAUGCGAGAACCUGCUGCUUUCUUUGUACUGUGAUGAGAUGAGCGUUGCCUUCCAAGAACCAGUUCCUGCUUCUGUUGUUCCUGACUACUACAAGAUUAUAAAGAAGCCAAUGGACAUGUGCACUGUGAAAAAUAAACUGCAGAAGCAACACGCACAGCACUAUCAGAGAGCCGAGGACUUUGUGGCAGAUAUCAGGCUGAUUUUUAAGAACUGUGGGGAAUUCAAUGAGCCUGAGUCUGAAGUCGCCCACGCUGGAAGGACCUUGGCGCAAUACUUCGAGGUGAAGGUCGCGGCUCUAUUCCCGGGUAGGAUAUUCCCAGCGCCGCCGCCGCCCUCUAAGGCCGACUCCGAGCGCACGAUGGUUAACGUGGAUUCGGAGGAAGACGACGAAGAUGUCGUCCAGCCCCGGAGAAAGCGUUCCAAAGGAAGAGAGAGCCCCAUCUUCAUCAAGUGACGGCAAAGGGAUUCUCUCAUUGAAUAGACUUGCCGAGGACUGUAAUAUUUGUAUCAGGAAAAUGAUAUUUAAGAGAAACAAUGCUUGAAAUAUCUAGUUAGUCAAUGAACACUAUUCUGUAUUAGAAUUACAAACCAGCAGGUGGUAAAUUAAAUACAUUUCUGCUACCUCACA